GAGCUCUCUAUCAUCCUCCGGGAGGGUUUUACCGUUGCGCCAGUGUCCGCCUAGCGUUACUACUUUAGCCUGUGCUGUUGACUUGUUUGUAGCAAAGUGAGACUGAUUUAAGCUGUGCCUCUCUACCUCAGCUGCUGCGACAUGGCGGGAAACUUCUGGCAAAGUUCUCAUUAUCUGCAGUGGGUUCUGGACAAACAGGACCUGAUGAAAGAGAGACAGAAGGAUCUGAAGUUUCUGUCAGAAGAGGAGUACUGGAAGCUGCAGAUCUUCUUUGCCAAUGUGAUCCAGGCUUUGGGGGAACACCUGAAGCUGCGGCAGCAGGUCAUCGCCACUGCAACUGUCUACUUUAAACGCUUCUAUGCAAGGUAUUCCCUGAAAAGUAUAGAUCCAGUGCUCAUGGCUCCUACCUGCGUUUUCCUGGCUUCUAAAGUCGAGGAAUUUGGUGUUGUGUCCAAUACCAGGCUGAUCUCUGCAGCAACAUCUGUUUUGAAAACAAGAUUUUCCUACGCCUUUCCAAAGGAAUUCCCUUACAGAAUGAAUCAUAUAUUAGAAUGUGAGUUCUACCUUCUGGAGUUGAUGGACUGCUGCCUGAUAGUGUACCACCCCUACAGACCGCUGCUGCAGUAUGUGCAGGAUAUGGGACAGGAGGACAUGCUGCUGCCACUGGCCUGGCGAAUAGUAAACGACACGUACAGGACAGAUCUGUGUCUGCUCUACCCUCCCUUCAUGAUCGCCUUGGCCUGUUUGCAUGUUGCCUGUGUGGUGCAGCAGAAAGAUGCCAGGCAGUGGUUUGCAGAGCUCUCAGUUGACAUGGACAAAAUCCUGGAGAUUAUCCGCGUCAUUCUGAAGCUCUACGACCAGUGGAAAAACUUUGACGACAGAAAGGAGAUCGCUGCUGUGCUAAACAAGAUGCCUAAGCCCAAACCUCCACCUAACAGUGAGGGUGACCAGAGCUCCAAUGGGAACCAAAGCAACUCCUACAGCCAGUCUUAGCGCAGCUUCUGUAUUUCCGUUGGGUGCACAACCUUUUGUGGUGUCAGCACAAAUCACAAUUCAGCCGACCAAGAUGUCCAUCAUCGACUGACCCCCCCCCCAAAAAAA